AUAUUAUCUUACUUGCCUACGUUCCUUAUAAUAAAGUUUGCAUAAUUAGCAAAUAUAUGCUUUAGAUAGUGAUUUUUGUGUCAUCAUGUUGGCCAUAUUUCACAAGGCGUUUGUGCAUCCGCCGGAGGAGCUGAACAGCCCGGCCUCCCAGAGCAGCCCGAGGCGGCCCAAGCUGCCGGACGAGACCCUCAAGGAGUUCCUGUCCCACCAUCCCCAGAACACUUUCUCCAUGAGCUUCGGGGAUGCCGCCGUGCUCGCUUAUGUUCGACCGGAGAACCACUUCUCCCACCAGCAGAGGCUGUUCUGUGGAUUUGAUGACAUAUACUGCCUGUUCAUGGGGAGCUUGAACAACCUCUGCUCUCUUAAUCGACAGUACGGGCUGGGCAAGGGCAGCAAUGAGGCCAUGUUCGUGAUCGAGGCCUACCGCACUCUCCGGGACCGGGGCCCCUACCCGGCUGAUCAGGUGGUCAAGGAUCUCGAUGGCAGCUUCGCCUUUACUGUCUAUGACAGCAAAGUCGGGAGCGUCUUUACUGCUCUGGGUUCUGAUGGUGGAGUGAAGCUGUAUUGGGGAAUUGCAGCUGAUGGCUCGGUCGUAAUAUGCGAUGAUAAAGAGGUCAUCAAAGCAGGCUGUGCGAAAUCUUAUGCACCCUUCCCAACAGGGUGCAUGUUCCACAGUGAGGCAGGGCUGAUGAGCUUUGAGCACCCGAUGAACAAGAUGAAGGCGAUGCCUCGGGUGGACAGCGAGGGCGUGAUGUGUGGGGCCAGCUUUAAGGUCGAUGUCUACACCCGUGUCAACAGCAUUCCUCGCAGGGGGAGCGAGGCCAACUGGAUGGACUGGGACGAGCAUUGAGAGCAGAGUUCCACCUGUUAAUUUUUCUUACCAGCUUUUGAAUCUGUCUUUCUUUCUUUCAAUCUCUUGUACUCAGACUCUUAUCUGCAGAUCGGUUUCGAUCCUGAAAGAAGCAGAACAUAUGUUGCAUCUCAACAGAUAAAAAGUGUUGCCAAUUUCCUUGCAA